AGGCCACUAUAUAAAAUUAAAACGAUAACAUUUACAAACACAUGUUAUCAAUUAUUGUACGUGCAUUUUAACUUUUUUCUUUCUUUCCCUUAAACACCUCCGUCUAAUCAUCUCUUCUCCUUUCCCAUGGCCGGAGUUUCACCUUACACGCACCGCAAUCCGAUGGCUCGCCGUGUUUUUUCGCUUUCUGUUCGUAAUCCUCCUUUAGAUUCUUAUAGGCCAUUUGUAUUUUCCAUGUCCAAAUCGGGUAAGGUUGAUUAUUGGACCUCUAUAAAUGCUGACAUUGAUGCCCAUCUCAAGCAGGCCAUUUCUAUUAGGCCUCCGGUCACCGUAUUCGAGCCCAUGCAUCAUUUGACGUUCGCUGCGCCGGAGAGUUCAGCUCCGGCACUGUGUAUAGCUGCUUGUGAGCUUGUUGGCGGUAGUCGUGAUUGGGCUAUGGCUGCAGCAUCUGCUAUACAUCUAAUGUAUGCUGCUGCUUUUACUCAUGAGAAUCUUCCGUUGACCGAUCAGACCAAUAGAAAUUGUAUGCUUAGUACUCAUAAGUUUGGUCCAAAUGUAGAGCUUCUUACAGGUGAUGGAAUGAUCCCAUUUGGGUUUGAGUUAUUAUCCAAGAUGAAUGAUCCGGCCCAAAAUAAUCCGGAUCGGGUUUUACGAGCGAUCAUUGAAAUCUCACGCGCCAUGGGUUCGCAAGGGAUGAUAGAAGGACGGUACAAUGAAUUACAAUAUGACGAAUCCUUUCCCGAAGCGUGGCUCCAACGAGUUUGUGCGAAAAAAGAAGGUUCGUUACACGCGUGUGCCGCGGCGUGUGGAGCAAUAUUAGGAGGUGGAAAUGAGGAGGAUAUAGAAAAAUUAAGAAGGUAUGGAGUUUAUGUUGGUAUGAUACAAGGAAUAUACAAUAAGGUUGAAAGAAAUGAGGUGUGUUUAAAAGAAGUUAAUAAGCUUAAAAAGUUGGCACUUAAAGAAUUGAAAGAUUUUGAUGAAGAAAAAAUUAAAGCAAUUUCUAGUGUUGUUGACGAUAAGUUUUGUCAUAUAAUUAGUGCAUAGGAUGUUGAUAUCUCAAUAGAGGAGGUAUGAUAUUUGAUUGUAAUGUUAACUUAUUGUGUGUCUUAUUAUGAAAAGUGUGUACAUUUUCUUUGCUUUCAAGAAUUCACAUAGAGACGAAAAAGAAGGAUGUAAAAUUAUCAUAUCGAAAUACAAUAUUCUAUCACUAAAUUAUGAUAAAAAUUGGAUUUGGCAUGUAAAUGUUUGUUUAAUUGCAUUAAUAUUGGUUAACUGAAGCAAUUAUUGAUUAA